AUGACUUUCUACAGGGACCUCUAUGAUGAUGGGUUCUACUCACAGUUUGGCUACGACGACCUCUAUGGUUUUGGGGGCCUGAAUGGCUACCGAUUUGGGAGCCCAUAUGGCUACUACCGGGACCAGUACCGAUAUGGGAGCCCAUACGGCUACAGAAGCUUUGGGAGCCUGUAUGGGAACAGAGGCUUGAUUGGUUAUGGGGGCUUUUAUGGGAAUGGGGAUUUGUAUGGAUUUGGGUACGGCUACCCCUUCUUUUCUCGUUUCGGAAACAGAUACAACUAUUGA